UCAGAGGCUGGCAAGGUGAAGACCAGGGAGGCUGUGAGGUACUUCAGCUUCCCCUCCCACUGAAUAUAACAUGGGGGAGAAAUCAGAGAACUGUAGGGUUCCAGAAGAUCUGAUCAAUGGCUUGAAGGUUACAGAUGCCCAGGAAUCAGAGUGUGUCAGCCCUCCAGUUUCUGAUCUUAAAGAUGUGCAUUCCCAGAGCAAACUGCUCAAGGAUAUUCAGGCCCAUCCCCAGGAUGACCAGGGAGAAGAAGAGUGUUUUCAUGAUUGCAGCGACUCAUUUGUGAAGGAGGAGCCAGAAGUAGAUAAAGUUGAGGGCAAAUUGGAUGGUGAUGUAAAUUCCUCUGAACUAGAUGAAGAAUACCUAAUAGAACUGGAAAAAGAUAUGCCAGAUGAAGAGAAACAGAAAAGAAGAGAAGAGAGCACUCGACUAAAGGAAGAGGGAAAUGAACAAUUUAAGAAAGGAGAUUAUAUAGAAGCUGAAAGUUCUUAUAGUCGAGCCCUUCAGAUGUGCCCAUCCUGCUUCCAAAAAGAUAGAUCUGUUCUGUUUUCAAAUAGAGCUGCUGCAAGGAUGAAACAGGACAAGAAAGAGAUGGCUGUCAGUGACUGCAGCAAAGCAAUUCAGCUCAACCCCAGCUAUAUAAGAGCAAUACUGAGAAGAGCAGAGUUGUACGAGAAAACAGACAAGCUGGAUGAAGCCUUGGAAGACUAUAAAUCUGUAUUAGAAAAAGAUCCAUCAGUACAUCAAGCAAGAGAAGCCUGUAUGAGAUUACCUAAGCAAAUUGAAGAACGUAAUGAAAAACUAAAGGAAGAGAUGUUAGGUAAACUAAAAGAUCUUGGGAACUUGGUUCUCCGACCUUUUGGACUCUCCACAGAAAAUUUCCAGAUCAAACAGGAUUCCUCUACUGGCUCCUACUCCAUCAACUUUGUUCAAAAUCCAAAUAAUAACAGAUAA